AUGUUAUCACCAUCUUCUUCUAUUGCACGCGGAUCAUUUUUUUUAUUAGCUCCACUUGAAUCACUUCAUUGUGAAGAUGUUAAAAAUAUUACUUCAAUAGAAGAACUCAAGAAAACUAAAAUUGAUGAACAAUUCGUUCGAUAUUGUAUUGGUGAAUACAAACCAGCUAUUGUCACUGCAAAUUUGUUUAGUUUCUUUCGUUUUACGGAUAAACAAGCUUAUCUGAUUAUUAUUGAUAAACGAUCUGAUUCAACAUCUGAAUUACGACGUUAUAAUUUUUAUGGAUUAUUAGAUACUUAUGGUAAAGGUAAAAUCGUUAUAUCAUCUUCGACACUUACAUCUGAACAAAUUAAAAAAAGUAUUAAUUUAACAAAUGUAUUGAUAAAUCAAGGUCAAGCAUUUGUACUUGAACUUUUUCAAUUUUCUGAAGAUUAUGAUGAAUCUCAAGAUUGGUGGAUGCGUGGUAUUAUUUAUGAAAUUGUAGUUGCUUCUUAUCAAGAUUCAAAUAAUGAUGGUAUUGGUGAUAUUCAAGGAUUAAGACAACGUCUCGAUUAUAUUCAAUCAUUAGGUGUUAAAACAAUUUGGCUUACACCAAUUUAUACAUCACCAUGGAAAGAUUACGGUUAUGAUAUAUCUAAUUUUUGUGAUAUUGAUCCACGUUUUGGUACAUUAGAUGAUUUUCGUCAAUUAAUAGAUGAUGUUCAUUCUCGUCAUAUGCGAAUUAUUAUUGAUUUUGUUCCAAAUCAUACAUCAAAUGAACAUCCAUGGUUUCAAGCAGCACUUCGUAAUGAUCCAAAAUAUGUUGAUUAUUAUAUAUGGCAUAAAGGUAAAAAUAAUGGAAAAGAUUUACCAACAAAUUGGGUUGGUUCAUCAGGUCAACAUAUGUGGACAUUUUCAUCUGAACGAAAUAUGUAUUAUUUACAUCAAUUUCUUGAUUGUCAACCUGAUUUAAAUUUUCGUAAUGAAAAAGUUAUUGAUGAAAUGGAAAAAAUUUUUCGUUUUUGGCUUGAUUUGGGUAUUGAUGGAUUUCGUGCUGAUGCUGUACGUCAUUUAAUAGAAAAUGAACAAUAUAAUGAUGAACCUUUGUGUAAAGAUGCGAAAGAUAUGGAUCCAAAUAUAAUGUAUGCUGCUUAUGAUCAUAUAGAAUCAGCUGAUCAACCAGGUAGUUAUGAACUUGUACGACGAUGGAGAAAAUUCUUCGAUGAAUAUGCAUAUGAAAAUAAUCGUGAUUAUAUUGUUCUUGUUACAGAAGCAUAUAUACGAGAUGUAAAAACAGUAAUGCAAUAUUUUGGUGAUAAUCGUGAAGAAUGUGGUUCAGAUGUGCCUAUAAAUUUUUUUAUUACUUAUUAUCUUGAUAAAGAUGAUGAUGAAAAACAUGGUUUAGAAUUAGAUAAAGUAUUAUCUGAUUGGCAAGUAAAUUUACCCGAAUAUGGUUGGUCGAAUUGGUGUUUAGGUAGUCAUGAUAGUCAUAGAAUUACUUCACGUCUUCCAUCAAAAGAACUCAUUGAUGGAUUUUAUAUGUUACUUCUUUUACAAUCUGGUACAGCAUUAAUUUAUUAUGGAGAUGAAAUUGGUAUGUGUGAUCGUCCAUUUACACUGACAAAUCGUGAUGAGAUUGUUGAUAUAACUGCAUUUAAUUAUGGAGAGAAAUAUUUUAAUAAAAUGAUACGUGAUUGUCAACGUACACCUAUGCAAUGGACAAAUCAACAAGCUCAUGCCGGUUUUACUUCUUCUACAGCUAAACCGUUUCUUCCUUUAUCAGAUACAUGGCCUGAAUUAAAUGUUGAACAACAACAGAAUGCAUUACGCUCUCAUCUUAAACUUUUUCAACAACUAGUCAAACUUCGUCAACAAUCUCCUUUCUAUGGAGGUCAUCAAAAGAAAGUAAUUGCUACGAAAGAAUUAUAUGCUUUCGUACGUUGGUUUGAUAAAGAUAUUUAUUUAAUUAUCAUCAAUAUGAAUAAGAAAGGUCAUAAUCCAGUUAUUAGUGAUUUUGUUAAAUUACUUAAAUGUCAAGAUAAAGAAUUAUUUGGAGAAGUAAUUGCAAGAUCAUGUAAUGUACUUGAUGAUUCUCUAAUUGGUAAUGAAGGAAAUCAAAUUAAUUUAAAUAAUUUAAUAUUACAAUCUAGUGAAGCUGUUGUACUCAAGCUACUCACUUCUCCGUCCAACAUUUCUUUUUGUCAAUAA